UGAGAGAGUCCUGAUUAAUUACCUUCGUCGAGCGGAAGAGGAGAAAGUUCUAGGGUUUCAAUUUCUGCAGGGUUUAGGUCGAAAUUUGACAGAGCGAAAGGGGCGAGCAUUCGAUCAAAUGGCUGACGAAGAUUACAACGACAUGGACAUGGGGUAUGAGGAUGAGCCACCAGAGCCUGAAAUCGAGGAAGGGGCAGAGAUAGAUGCGGAGAAUAAUAAUGAAGAUGUUCCAGAUGAUAUCGUUGGAGGAGAAGCUGAAGACAAGGAUGAAGCAUCUGUUGAGCGGUCACGUAAAACUACAAAGUACAUGACAAAGUACGAGCGUGCAAGAAUUUUGGGUACACGUGCUCUCCAGAUUAGCAUGAAUGCACCAGUAAUGGUGGAGCUUGAAGGAGAGACUGAUCCCCUUGAGAUUGCGAUGAAGGAGCUGCGUGAGCGCAAGAUUCCAUUCACCAUCCGACGUUAUUUGCCUGAUGGAAGCUAUGAGGACUGGGGAGUUGAUGAGUUGAUAGUGGAAGACUCUUGGAAGAGGCAAGUUGGUGGGGAUUAAGCUAGUUCAUUCCUCUGCUUAAACGCUGGGGAAUUUUAUGGACUUUGAAUCUUGUUUCUUAGUGCUUGUUCAUAUUUGUAGAUUGUGCUAAUGUUUUUGUUUGUGUACCCUGUGAAUUGUGGAAACUGAGAAACCUAAUGGCUUUUAGACUCUUCUGUAGGGCCCAAACUUUGUGGGCUUUUGCAUUAUCGAAUCUUUGCCCUCUGCUGUCUUAGACUCUUCUGCUCAGCUUACAUGCAUGUAUCAAAGGCUGAUUGAGACAAUGAGACCUUGAUGAAGGUUAUCAGUGCUUUGAGAGAAUGAGAAAGACAGGUUAUGUUA